AUGCCAAAUAAUAAGACAAAUUUUACCGGUAAUGCAACAACAACAACUACUACUACACCUACCACAGGUACUACUAGAACUGUUACUACUACUGAGCGUGUAACAACUACAACUUCUGAACCAAUUACAACUCAUGAUGUAAUUACAACAACAAAUGGGAAAACCACUGAAACGCCAUUGUUAGUAACAACUAUUGAUUCUUUGAACAGUAACCUAACUAACUCAUCAACAAUUUUACUGAAUUCUAUAAACACUUCCUCGCUACAUUUCAAUAAUUCAUCCUUAAAUGUAAGAGAAAAGAGUAAUUUAUCGAAUGGGACAACAAAUACUACUACAACUUUGCCAACAGCUACAAACAAUGACAUAAAUGAAACAACUAUUGGAUAUACCAGCACAACUUUAUCACCAUCAAUGGAAAAACAUGCUAAUAACUUAAAUAAUACUACUAAUUCUUCAACUAUUUCAUCAAAGUCUACAAAAAUUCCAUCAAAUCAUUCCACUAAUUCAUCUCGACGACAUUCUAUAAAAGGAAGAGUUAUUUUAGCAACAACACGUGAACAAGGUAGUAGAGUAUGGGGAUUAACUGCAGCAAAAGCUGAAUUAGCUUGUCAUAGAUUUAUAACUAAUCGUAGAAUUACUUCACCAUUAACCAAUCGAACAAGUAAUCGAAAUCUUAAACCAACUGAUUUAUAUCAAGGUCAUUUAUUAUCUGUUACAUCAAAUGAUGAGAUUAUACACUUAGUAAACCUCAUGGGUACAGUACCAGUUGGAUCAUAUUGGACAGGGGGUAAAUUAAUGAGAUCAAGACACACUGGUGUGGAUGGUGAAAAUGCUACUAAGUGGAAAGUGAUGUUAAACUGGUCGGAUGGUCGAACUGCUCCUGCAAAAAUAUUGGGUAUAACUGAUGACGAUGCAAAUAAUCUUGUUGAGGGUAUGACUUAUUGUCUGUCAUUAGACAUUGCACGACUUACAUGGCAAGCUCGUGAUUGUGAACAUCGUUUGCCUUACGCAUGCUUGAUUACUAGGCGAAAUGUUCUAAUUCAAACUACCACUAAUAAUUCAUCAAUAGCAGUUAAGACACCACAGGAAAUAAAUAGUCCACAAAUUUCUGCUAAUCAAAGUCACGCUAUUUCGAAACGUCGUGAAACGGUACUCGAAAAUUCUACUACAGUUGUUAACACUUCAGUAAAUACCAAUCAUACAGAGAACAGUCAAACAAUUUUACCUUUACUGGAGUCCAUCGAAUCUACUCCAGCAAGCAUAACCAUAGCACCAAAUAAUACAGAGAAUUCAACUCUUGGGAUAAAUUUUAACGUAUCAUCUGAGAUUCAGAAUACUUUACAAGUGGAUACCACAACCCCAUCUAGUUUACCUCCUAUAGUAACUGAGAAGAAUAACAAUUUUAACCAGAAUGGAAAAACCGUUUCCGAGUCAACGAUCCAAGUAAAUGAGCAGCUUGUACAAUUUACAGAACCCGCCUCUGAAACUAAUCAAACUUUCAGUGUUCCUCCUCUUCCUAAAGCUCAGGUAUCCGGGGAUGAUAAUGGUAACGAUGACGAUGAUGAUGAUGAUGAUGAUGACGACGACGAUGGUGAUGAUGAUAAUGAUUUUAAUAGCAGUGGUCAAAAUAACAAUAACAGCCCAGAUCCUUUAGGUCUGACAGAAUUAAAAUCGAUAUUGAACAACAUUGAACAUUUACACAUGACAACACAUUCACCUCCGCCAAAAACUACUACUACUACUACUCCCACAACUAUCAGUACAACAACAACAACAACAACUACUACUACUACCAGUCCCACCACUAUUAUUACCACCCCUGCUACUACUACUAUUACUACUGCUAAUACUACUCCCACCACUACUACUACUGUUACUGAUAAUGCUUCUACCAGUACUACUGCUACUCCUACCAAUACUCCAACUGUUAAUACUAUUCCUACCACUACUCUUACUACUACUGCUACUAACGCCCCUACUACCACUACGUUUACUACUGCUACCACUCUCACUAAUACUUCUGAUAUUACUUCCACAACAACUACUAAUUCCACCACUCCUAUCACUAUUACUACUGUUGUUGAUAAUGCUUCUACCAGUACUACUGCUACUCCUACCAAUACUCCAACUGUUAAUACUAUUCCUACCACUACUCUUACUACUACUGCUACUAACGCCCCUACUACCACUACGUUUACUACUGCUACCACUCUCACUAAUACUUCUGAUAUUACUUCCACAACAACUACUAAUUCCACCACUCCUAUCACUAUUACUACUGUUGUUGAUAAUGCUUCUACCAGUACUACUGCUACUCCUACCAUUACUCCAACUGUUAAUACUAUUCCUACCACUACUCUUACUACUACUGCUACUAACGCCCCUACUACCACUACGUUUACUACUGCUACCACUCUCACUAAUACUUCUGAUAUUACUUCCACAACAACUACUAAUUCCACCACUCCUAUCACUAUUACUACUGUUGUUGAUAAUGCUUCUACCAGUACUACUGCUACUCCUACCAUUACUCCAACUGUUAAUACUACUCCUACCACUACUAUCACUACUACUACCACCCCUUCCCCCUCUACUAUUACUACUGCUACUACAACCACUACUACUACUACUACUACUAAUAAUAAUAAUAAUAAUAAUAUUACUAUUCCUGCUAAUACUACUGCAAGCACAACUACUACUACCAUUACUGCUGAAAGCACUACUAGUACUCCUAAAAUCAAUGAAGAAACAUCUACAGAAAACACUAGAGAUGUCAAAAUGUCAAGUGGAACAACAUAUGCACCAAAUAUCUCAGAUUAUAUGUCGCUAAAGUUGUCUGUUUUGUUAAAUAAUUCUUCUGAAGAAAUGACAACCUCUACAACUCCUGAAAUAAACUCACAGGAAUCGACUGCGGUAAUGAUGCAAGGAAAUAACGGAUCAGAAUCUCUGAUGACAACAGUACCCAAUUCGUCAGUAAGUGUUGAAACAGCAUCCACGCCACUAAUCAAAUCUGAAGAAGUAACAAUAUCCACAUCCGAGUCGCCAGAAGCGGAUAUCUCAUCUGAGUUAACGAUACCAGUGUCAUUCCAGUCAAUGGCAACAACUGAGUCGACGAUGCCUUCAGGAUCCUCACCAACAGAGACAUCUACGUCACCAACCACGAAGAUUCGGAGUUCAUUACCGAUGUCAACAAACGAACCAUCCCUAUCAACAACAUCUAUGGAGCUUCAAUCACAAGGGACAUCUGAAACCAUAACAUCAACGACGUCCCAAUCAAAUACGUCGGCAGAGCCAACUACAACUCUGGAAUCAGAGUCAACAGAAAAUAAAUUUGUAUCUAAUACAACGACCUCAUCUGUAUUAAUAACGGCAACAGAGUCUACGGUUAUGAAAACCACUCAGUCUGAAACAGAAACUAGUCAACAGAAUGAAUGA